AUGAAACUUGUAUUUAUCGGCACAAAUUACACCAAAACAUGUGAAAUGGAAAUGGAUUCAGGUUCACAACCGAUCAGUAUACUGAUACCGAAAGUUUGCUUAUCAAAUGAUACAAUACAAAAAGUUUUAUUGACAGCUGAUAGUAAAAUAAUUCAUAAAUUCGAAAUUUCAUGUGAUCAAGUGUUGAAAGAUAUUAUCAUAGCUGCUGAUCUUAAUGGCGAAUCAAUUGAGAUAAAUUCAUCAGUACAAAUUGGUUUUGAUCUCAGUUUAAUGAUUUCCUCGAAACAUAUCCCAUUUCGUAUUGUUGACUGCUGGACAGAACAAAAUAAUCACAGGGCUAAUUUUUUAAAAAAUGGUAUCCCAGAAAGAGAUUCUCGAUCAGUUCCACUCUGUCAGUUAUCAAACAGAGCAAAUAAUUUUGAAAGCAAUAUUAAUCCAUUGAACAAAUACAGUAAUUUUCAACAAUCUUCCAUCAAUCAAAUCAGCAAAGUGUGGCAAAUUUGGCUUCGUCUUGGCUGGGAUAUUAUGCCUGAUAGUCGACAAAAAGCACUUCAACAAUUACUCCGCACCAAGCCACAAUUGCAGUGGAAAGCUAUUCCCGAUUUCUUAUUUGAUACCAAGGAUUUCUUAUCACCAAUAACAAUAUAUCCAAUUAUGAUUCAAUGUUCCAUUUCACCUUUAUCGUUCAAACGAACUUCAGGAAUUGCUAGCUUUGGUCCAAUUGGUGUAUUUAUACCACAAUUUUAUUUUCUUGAAGAUUUCUUGUUUUCGUGUUGCCCAGUGGAAACAACAAUAGCUUAUUCAAAUUUACUUCGACAUCUUGCCCAAAAAAAGUUCUUUUGUUCGAAAGUUUCAAUUACCACUGCUUUAUUAGUCUCACUCGCAUCAUUUGCGAUCGCUGUUUGCUGCACUGCAAUAACUUUUAGCAUUCGAUAUAAAAAUUAA